UCUGUGGUUCUAUAUCGUGGUCAGAUACUGUUCUGUUCACUAGUUGACUGUUAUUUUUAUUUAAUUCGUAGCUAUGAGUUUAUGACUUUCUGACUUCUGUACUUAAUAAUACUUUAGAUAUUAACGUAUAGGUAGUGCAGUCCUGUAGUUAUAAUUUAUUAUUCUUUUUUGUUUCCAUUUAAACAUUUAAUGUUAAUGACACUUACUUCACGACCUCCACAACCUGUAAUCACUUGUUUCAGUAAAAAAUAAAAAUACGAACAUUCAAUGCUUCAGAUGUUUGUUAUUUCUAAAUACUAAGUGAGAUUAAUGAGUAGUAAAGGCUUGCUUAGUGGAUACUACUUUCAAAUCAUUUGUUCACAUGUAAUACAUAUAUAUUAUACGUGAUUAAAAAAUAAGGCGGAUUUGAAAAUUUAAUCUACAGUUGCUUAUUUGUCAUCACUGUUAUGAAAUAUUGAAAUGAGUUAUGAAGUCGCAAUAUUAUCACUUUGCAAUUAUAUUUUUAUUUAAACUCAUACUUAACAGCACAGCAUCUCAAAACGAUGAUGACCAUAUUGAUUUAUCACUCUCUAAACAGAAGCAAAAAUCAAUUCAAACUGCAAAUUUAAAUAAUUUAACACAUCUCCGGAUGAUACGUCAUGAAGAUGAUUUGGAACGUAUAGUUUCUGAACACAAGGCAUGUUCAAGUAUGCCAUAUCCUAGUAUCAGUUGUCAUAUGAAUACGACAUGUGUGUAUGGUAAUCAAACAAUAGCUAUAUGUAAAGCCAAUGUGGAUUGUCUGGGUGACAAUACAUUUACUAAAAACUUGACUUGUCGGUUUUGUUAUCAGACUGAGUUUUGGGAAUAUGAAUGUGUGAAAAAAAUCUGCAAUUCUGCUGCCUCUCCACCAGCUUAUUACAGGGCUAAUUGUACAGUAAACAGGGAUGUUUUGUGUUUGGGAAGAAGAACAUUUUUAAAAAGAUUGCGCUGCAAUUGGACAGGCGGUCAUCGGUGGUCUACUGCUUUAAUUUUAAGCAUUACACUUGGAGGAUUUGGUAUAGAUAGGUUUUAUUUGGGACAUUGGCAAGAAGGCAUAGGCAAACUAUUCAGUUUUGGAGGUCUUGGUGUCUGGACACUUAUUGAUGUAUUAUUAAUAUCUAUCAGAUACCUUGGUCCAGCAGAUGGUUCUCUAUACUUGUAAAGAAAAUGUUAAGAUAUUUGAUUUAUUAAAUUCUGGUUGUUUUAAAUAUGUAUUAAAGUAUACAAUUUAAGAUCACUAAAAUAUUCUAUUUUGUCAAUAUCACGGACUAAGAUAUCUUAGUCCGUAGUCAAUAUGCAGCUAAUGGUUUAUUUUAUAUAUUUAAAUAUUAUUUACUUGUAAUUUAUUGAAAAAUAAAAUAAAAAAUAUGCAAUUUUUUUAAACUAAUAA